AUGGCCAACACCGCCCAGUGUUACUAUUGCUUCGAAAGCCUAUCCUCCUCUUUUGAGGACCACAGUCUCAUCGACCUCGCAACCGUAGAAGCCCUCUGGGAACAGCACGAACAAACCAAGAAACUCUCAAGUCUCGGAUCUGCACAAGUGGACUCGGAGGAAGAAGACAAUGAAGAACCAGGUCCGCCACUGUCUGUAAAUGACGAGUCCCAGAGUAACCAGCCUAAGGGUUUGAAACCACCCGCCGUCAGCCGCCUACAGAGCCAGGCAUCUUCAUCCACUACCUCCAGCGCCUCCAACACCUCGUCCAACUCUCUCUUGUCUAACUCUACUGCUGCUACGACCCCAAGCACACAGUCUGCUCUGGGAUCGCGCAAGUCUGAGAAGUACCCGUUAUUCGUAACGUGGAACACCAUAUCGCGCAGUGGAAGCAAAUCCUUGCGUGGAUGCAUAGGCACGUUUGAAGCGCAGAAUCUUGAGGCGGGGUUGAAGUCCUAUGCUAGAACUUCGGCUUUCGAUGACACUCGCUUCUCUCCUAUAACUAAAUCCCUCCUUCCUGCUUUAUCUUGCUCACUGACCCUCCUGGGCUCCUUUGAGCCCUGCACCAACCCCAUGGAUUGGAAUCUAGGUACACACGGGCUCCGAAUCUCGUUCAUCCAUCGCGGGAGACGCUAUGGCGCCACCUAUCUGCCUGAUGUCGCCGUUGAACAAGGCUGGUCGAAAGAAGAGACUGUCGAGAGUCUGAUGCGCAAAGCUGGUUGGGAUGGCGGUGCCGGUGGUAUGGCUCGACGAUUGCUAAGGGUUGGAAGUGGGGAAUCUGGCUCGACGAAGCCCUGGGAUCAGGUGUCUGAUUUUAAAACUACCAGAUACCAGGGCCUCAAGGCGAGUGCAUCGUAUGAAGAGUGGCAGGAGUGGAGAAAUUGGGUGCUCUCUUUAGACGAUGGCCGUGAUCUUUUGGGCUUAGCUUGA